UUUGGUUUUUAGUUGCUGUUUAAACUUGGUCGUGAGAGGGUAGCAGCCCCGUCAAUAUCAACAACAACAAUAAUAACACCCCAGUGGAUCAUCCAUCCAUCCCAUCGAUUGAUCGCGUUCGAAGUGAAGUGAAUAGAAACAAAAUUACAAAAAAACAAAACAACACACACACAUAGUGAACAUUAAACACUGGCCAACAUAAAUCAUCAAAUUCUUCAGCAAAUUUUGAUGGCGCCCAUCUCUGGCUCAUCGCCCACAACAACGGGCUCGAACUCGUUGCAGGAUAUGACCGCUGCAGCUGCUGCCAUUGCCCUCGAUAUGAAGCCAAAAGUGGAUCAACUAUCAUCAUCAACGGCUAUAGUUCCGCCAGUGCAGAAGAUUAAAAAAUUGGUGCGUCGCAAUGCUUCGGACAAAUUGAAGCUUAUCCAAAUGGUUCACGACAAUCCCAUAUUAUGGGACUCAAGAUUGCCCAAUUUUAAGGGCGCCGAAGAGGAAAAGAAUCGCGCCUGGGAGUACAUCGGUCGAGAGUUCAAUGCUCCAGGUCGUCGAGUUGCGCGAGCUUUUAAAUCUUUGCGAGAAUCUUAUCGCCGCGAAUUGGCCCAUGUUAAGCUAAUGGGUACUGGAUUUAAACCCAAAUGGAGUCUAUAUGAGGCCAUGGAUUUUCUCAGAGAUGUCAUCAGGGAGAGAAAGGGCGCCUCCCAUGCCAGCGAUCUCAACUUGAGUGCCUUUGCUCAGCAUCUUCACAAUAAUAAUAAUAACAACAAUAACAAUAACAACAGCAUUCAAGGCAAUGGCAAUAAAACGGGCGGCCUGAAGUUAUCCUCAUCCUUUAAUGACUCAUCCGCUGUGCUCAAUUUAUCGAAAUGCUCGGGACUGAAUAUGAGCAAUGAAGACUAUUAUAGCGAUUAUUAUGUUAAACCAGAGAUGGAUCUCUCAACGGGCUCUGGACUAGGAGGCGGUGGCGGAGGCGGAGGAGUCAAUGGCGGAGGAGGAUCUGCAGCUGGUAGCAGUAGCAGCGGUAGCAGCAGCUCAACUGGAGUUCAACCGCUGCCCGCCCAUCAGCAACAGCAACAGCAGCAACAACAACAACAGCCAAAUGACAGUCGUGUAAGCUCCACCCGAAAUGAGCAUCUGCAUCAUCAUCAUCGCCAUCAUCAUCAGAGCUACGAUGACAUGGAUGCCAGCUCACUGCGCAGUGCCGAUGCAUCCGAUGAGGUCGAAGAAUUGGAGGCCAUAGAUGCUGAUUUCCCCUAUCCAUUGAUACUCGAUUCGAAUUCACCGCGUAGUACAAACGCUGGUGGAGAUCUGGGCAUGCAACGUAAACGCCGCCAAGACGAUCUCGAUGACAAUGAUGAUGAUGAUGACGCGGAUGUUGUGCCCGGCGGCAUCGAUGGCGAUGACUACGAGGAUCAAAUGCUACAGCAGCAUCAUCAUUUGCGUCAGCAACAACAUAGUGCAGCAGCUGCCGCCGCCGCCGCCGCUGCAGCUGCCGCAGCUGGUGGUGGUGGUCCUGGAUCCGUUGUCGGAGGAUUGGAUAUUGCCCCACCCCAAACAGUUCGUGAGAUACUCAAUUCCAAGUUUUGUGGCUUCAUAUCAGCCAAAUUGAACAGCAUGGAGGAUUCCGAGGCGGAUAAUCUAAUGAAUCGAAUUCUUUUGCUCCUCGUCCAGAUGCAACAAUGCGAGGGAAGCGCCAAAUAGAAGAGAAGGAGAAGACAAAAACCAAAAAGGGGGAGGCGAAUGCGUCUCUGGGUUGUGGAUUUUGCUGUCGGGUGGGUGGGUUGAAUUAUAAGUUGUUUUUUUUUUCUCUAUAGCUAAGCUCAUUAUGGAUUGAUGCAGCUGCUCAAAGCAAGCGCAAUACGAUGUGGUUUAUUUUGCCCCCUUGCCAUACAUUUACAUACAUUUUUUUCUCUCUCUCAUUUUGCCAUAUAAGUUUCA